AUGGUUAGAAGCCAAAUAGGAGGAGUAUAUGGAGGAUUCUACUUCCCAUUCAUCUAUACAUUAUUUAUUUUUGUAUUAGUUGCUAACUUAAUUAGUAUGGUUCCUUACUCAUUUGCUUUAGCUUCUCAUUUAGUAUUUAUUGUUUCUUUAAAUUUCUUUGGGUUCUUUGUACCUGAAGGAACACCUUUACCUUUAGUUCCUGUUUUAGUAUUAAUUGAAUUAUUAUCAUAUACUGCUAGAGCUAUUUCUUUAGGAUUAAGAUUGUCAGCUAAUAUCUUAUCUGGACAUUUAUUAUUAAGUAUCUUAAGUGGAUUAACAUUAACUUUAAUGUCAGUUUCAAUUAUUACAUUUGUAUUAGGAUUCUUACCUUUAGCUGGUAUUUUAGCUAUUGUUUGUUUAGAAUAUGCUAUUUCUAUGAUCCAAGCUUAUGUAUUAAGUGUAUUAACUGCAGGAUACUUAAAAGAUGCAUUAUACUUACAUUAA